AAGAUAUGGUCAGAUAGGGUGGUUGGGAUUGGUUAGGAUCAUUAAUGGUGCAAAGUACUAUUGACUUUAUUAGCAUUGAAAAGAAAGAUUUAACAUUCACCCGUAACAAUGAAUUCCCUUACGUCCGAAUCUUUAUCAGAUAAAGAGAAAAGUGAUCUUAUUCAACAAAUUAAGCAAGAAGUUGCUAUUGCAAAUACACAUGAGUUACUCUCGAAAAUGACAGAGAAAUGCUUCAAAAAGUGUAUAGUCAAACCUGGUACCUCGCUGGAUAGUUCCGAACAGAAAUGUGUAGCAAUGUGUAUGGACCGAUAUAUGGAAAGUUAUAAUCUUGUAUUAAAAACAUACAGUGCUCGAGUACAAAGAGAAUUUAAUAAAAUGUAACAGUGGAAAUUCUUAAAUAAAUUGUUUUUUGUUGUA